GGACUGAAGCUGUAGGGUGUGGAGUGAGCACAGACGAGUAUUCCCCAAUCUUAAAGUGCAAACGAGUAGUGAGAAGAAGGGAGGCAUUUUGUGAAGCCAGGCAGGCCAAUGGAGAGCAGAAGCGGUGGAUUUCUUACCAUUUGAGGAAUAAAAGUAUCUUUCCGAGCUAACAAGAGAAGAACCAGGAGCUGCAAAAGAGACCAAGGGUGUUAUUCUCCUGAUUUGCCUCUUAUGCAGAAAGCUAAAGGUGAUCAGUGUUCUCAAGGAGGAGUUUCGGCAAAUUGGACAUGAGUUUUCUGGUGGGAUCAUGCUCCAGCCAAGUGAAACCGAUGUUCUUGCUCUGUUUUUGUUCCUAGUUGUGCUUCCGCUUGUUAUUUACAUCUUCCUAGGAAAAUGGAAUGAGGCUGCAAAAAAGAAAGGGAGGGCAAGUGUAUUAGCUCAACAGGCUGCUGAAGAAGCUUUUAGGGUAGAAGCCAUGUCUGCUGCCAAUGUCUUUCCUCCUGUACCUGUACCUGUACCUUUGCCGAGCAAUUCACUUCAUCAGGUUGCAAGUGUGCCAAGUGUGCCUUUGCCAAAUACUUCGCUUCAUCAGUGUGCAAGGUGCUAUGGUCAAGCAACAACUCGGUGCUCUAGAUGCAAGUCUGUUCGCUAUUGUUCGGGCAAGUGCCAGAUUCUCCAUUGGAGGGAAAUUCACAAACAAGAGUGCCAGCUAUUGGAAGAGCUCCCUGGACGGGUCUCAGUUGAUAGUAACAUAAGUGCACAGUUUCUUGAACACAAUGCCAAGCAGCCUAAGUUCGAGAAAGACCCUUCUGACCAUAUCGUUCAAUCUCCUCCUAUAAGUACACCAAGCUCAACUGGUGUUGCUUGUGCUUCGAUAGAUCCCUCUGAAUCUCCAUUGAGACAGAGAAGAUCUAUUGAACGAAGAGCUUCACGGAAAGGAAAUAGAAAAGCUGAAGGAAACAUAUUAGAAGGUUCUGAUCAAUCCUCUAGGAGUAGAGUUACUUCAUCAACUUCGUGCUGUACGGUUCCAUCAUCAGAAUCUUCUACUAGAAAUAAGUUACAAGAGAGUGACUCUAUGCUUUAUGAACAGUAUAGCGUUCCCGGUGAUAACAAAAGUGCAAUGCAGAACGGUUAUAUGUCACAGAGGCAAAGUGAGAAUGAUCCCUGGACAAAAAGCUACUAUGCCAGCUCAGAUGCACAGAAUUUAGAGAGUCACGAGACAAAUGCAUGGGAAACUCAAGUGGAUACGAGUAAUGGAGAUAACAUUCUCUCGGGAGGAUUAACUUCUCAGGAUAUGACUGCUGGCAUGGACUAUUCUUGUGAAAUGGGUGCAACAAGGAAAAUCAAUAAACCUAAACCGAAAGUAUCAAGAGAUGAAAUGUGUUCAGAUCAGGAUGGGGAGGGUCAGAAAGCGGAUGAAUUGAGAAAUGCUAAAAUAAAGGAGUCGAUUCCUUCUAAUGGACGCAAUGGCAUCAUGAAAAUGUUUGGUCUAAUGAAGUCAUCGAGGCCCGACAGGCAAGCACAUUCAGUAGUCAAAACUGACAAGCACAAGAAAUUAAAGAUGCUGUUUCCUUAUGAAGAAUUUGUGAAGUACUUUCAGUAUGAAGUUCUCAAUGUCUCGCCUAGAGGACUAAUUAAUUGCGGGAAUAGUUGUUAUGCCAAUGCAGUCUUGCAGUGUUUGACCUUCACCAAACCUCUAACAGUCUAUCUGCUUCAUCGAUCACAUUCUCGAACUUGCUGUGGCAGAGAUUGGUGCCUCAUGUGUGAACUUGAGCAGCAUGUGAUGAUGUUAAGAGAGAGCGGGGAACCUCUGUCUCCCAAUAGAUUUCUUUUGCGUAUGCAGAGCAUAAACAGCCAGAUUGGAAACGGAAGCCAGGAAGAUGCACAUGAAUUUUUAAGGCUUCUUGUGGCAUCAAUGCAAUCUAUAUGCUUGGAAGGUUUGGGUGGAGAAAAGGCCGUUGAACCUAGACUGCAGGAAACAACCUUUAUUCAGCACAUUUUUGGGGGACGACUAAGAUCUAAGGUCAAAUGUUUGAGAUGUCAUCACGAGUCAGAGUGCUAUGAAAACAUCAUGGAUCUUACAUUGGAAAUAUAUGGCUGGGUUGAAUCCCUUGAAGAUGCGUUGACACAAUUUACAAGUCCCGAAGAUCUUGAUGGAGAAAACAUGUAUAGAUGUGGAAGCUGUUCUUCAUAUGUUCGAGCACAAAAGCAAUUAAGCAUACAGGAAGCUCCUAAUAUCUUGACUAUUGUCUUGAAAAGAUUUCAGGGUGGGUGUUAUGGCAAGAUAAACAAGUGCAUUACUUUCCCCGAAAUGCUGGAUAUGAUACCAUAUAUGACCGGGACCGAUGAUGUACCUCCGCUUUACAUGCUUUAUGCUGUCGUCGUCCACUUAGAUACACUAAAUGCGUCAUUUUCGGGGCAUUAUAUAUCCUAUGUGAAAGAUAUGCAAGGCAAUUGGUUCAGGAUUGAUGAUACCAAGGUUGAGCAAGUACCUAUGAGCCGAGUUAUGACAGAAGGCGCAUAUAUCUUGUUUUACAUGAGGUCAUCCCCCCGGCCAGAUAGAACUGGAACUAGCAAGGGUACCAGGCACCUAGUUCACGGGAUUUCAAAGCACAGCUCCGCAAAAUCUCAGAAACCUUCACGACCCGAGCAAAUCAAAGCCGGUAACCAUUUUGCAUGCCCGGAUCGAUCUCGUGACCAUAGAUUGAAGACGGGAGUGGAUGUCAUGAACCGCACUUCUGGUAGUGUCCUGAGAAAUGCGAAUAGGAACAGACCGCCAAUAAUGGGAACGUAUUCCGAGAACAUGGAGAUCUCGGAUGCCACCGCGAGUGACUGGUCCCUUUUCACGAGCUCCGAUGAAGCAUCCUUCACUACCGAGAGCACCCGGGACUCUUUCAGUACGGUCGAUUACGCUGAUGCCAGCGCCCUCGACCCGUUCUCUUCGUUCAUCAACACAAUGUCUGCCCCGGACUAUAACUCGAAGAGAACAAUCACGUGUAGCAUGUUCUCGGGAACUAGGCCCCACACAGCAUUUUUUUCGGAGAACAAAGGGUUUGUCGUGGAUUCACACCCCGGUAGUGUACAGGGAGGCGACGACGACCUGAUGGAGGUUAGCUUUUCUCAUCCUAGUGAAGCUUUUUUUGUGGAUAGACAUGUAAAUUACGGGUACGAGUCUAGAUAUGUAGCUCCUCAGACUUACUAUGAUCAAUUGUAGAAUGUAAUUUCCUAAAUCAUUAUUAUAUGGGCAAGCUUAGUUAGGUAGAGAGAAGUGUAGAAGUUUAACUGGAUGUGCCUCAAAUUUUGAUUUCUCAAUAUUUCAUUGAAUGGGGCACAUUUAUUGUGGCUUUUGAAUCAACCUUUUCUUUGUUCCUCCUGACAUUGUUGCAAUAAUAACAAGUUUUAGUUCUCUCUU